GCAGGGCCAACCGGGAGACCCAGACGCAGGCAGCGACCCAGCCGCCGCCGCUCCGCGCCCGGCCGCCCGCCCGCAGCAUCCCCCGAUGGCCGCCCGCCUGACCUGCUGCCUCCUGCUGUGGGCCCUGGGCCAUGGGGGCUGCCGCUCGCCCGCGGGGGAGGGCGCCGGCAGCGCGCCCGCCUGCCCCGGCCAGCCGCCGGCCGAGCCGGGCUCGUCCGCCCCCGGCCGCGACCCCCGCGGCGGCUCUUCGCCGCCCCCUGGGCUGGGCAGCAUCGCUCAGGACAUGGUAGCUGUCCACAUGCUUAAGCUCUACGAGAAGUACAACCGGGAAGGGAGCCGGCCCGGCGACGGCAACACGGUCCGCAGCUUCAAAGCCAGGCCGGAAUUCUUGGCCCAGAAACCCUUGUACUGCUUCAAUCUGACAUCCAUGCAGGAUUCAGAAAUGAUCCUUGCUGCCACUUUUCACUUCUAUGCUGACAAACGCCCUCGGCACCGGGAAGUGUUCUGUAAACGGUCCAAGAACUCAUCCUGCCGCCUCCUUCACCUGCCUCCAGUCCUACGGCUCAACCUAGUUUUCCAAAGCAUUCACCAGAAUUCUGCCUAUGGACUAGUAAAAGGGAACUUCACUGUGCUUCUUCAAAGGCGAGGGGCUUGGCACGCAAAGGACAUUUCACACAUUGUAAAAGAAUUGAAACGAGCUGGAGAGCUCAUUCUCUGUGCUGAGCUUGAUUCUGGGGAGAAACACCAGGGCUUCCCCGAACAGGUUGCCAGCCAUUUACCUUAUAUACUGGUUUAUGCCAAUGAUCUUGCAAUCUCUGAACCUAACAGUGUGGCAGGCACCCUACAACGUUAUGAUCCAUUCCCUCCCAAUGACGGGGACCCAAAUCUGUCCCCUAAUGCCUCAACUGAUACUCGAGUUAGGAGGGAUACGUACCUCGCUAGCUCUAUUCAGAACAACGAGUUGCCAGAAGUAGAUUAUAACAACAAUAAAUACAACAAACAUGACAUAUGGGAGAAUGCCUACAGAUCCUUGAAACCAAAAGCCUCUCGCAAAGAUCGAAGGAGAAAAGGGCAGGAAAAUACAGAAACACUGAAAAAGUCUCAGAUGCUAAAUUUUGAUGAGAAAACAAUGAAGAAAGCAAGGCGAAAACAAUGGAAUGAGCCAAGGAUUUGCUCAAGAAGAUACAUGAAAGUUGACUUUGCUGAUAUUGGCUGGAAUGAAUGGAUCAUAUCUCCCAAAUCAUUUGAUGCCUACUACUGUGCAGGUGCAUGUGAAUUUCCAAUGCCCAAGAUUGUCCGGCCAUCAAAUCACGCUACAAUUCAGAGCAUCGUAAAAGCAGUAGGAAUCAUUCCUGGCAUCCCAGAACCCUGCUGCGUUCCUGACAAAAUGAGCUCACUCAGUGUCCUGUUCUUGGAUGAGAACAAAAAUGUUGUUUUAAAGGUAUAUCCCAAUAUGUCAGUUGAAACUUGUGCCUGCCGAUAAGUUUGUACAAACACACCUUUAACAAGGCCCACAAAUCCUGCCCGACUGCUCUGGGAUGUUGUAAAGGAGAAGUGGAUCCACUUGCGUUGAUGAACCAAUGCAAGUCUCCAAUUCCUCUACAGAAAGCACAUGGAGAGACUAAAGCAACACACGUGCUCUCCUUGAAGGAUAGGUUGUACUGUCAUCAUUUGUCUUUCAUAUGCAUCUUCCAGGAAUUCAGUACUUCUACAGAUUCCUUCCUAACCUACCUAGCCAAGAUACCUGGUGUUUAGAGAGAAAUUUAAGUGUAAAGUUUUCCAUAAUCAAAGGACUAAAAUAUGCUUUUGUAUGCUCUUUUCUGACUAUUUUAUCUCUUCAGUUAACCAAGAAGAUGGGAAGUGAACUUGCAAAGGCAGGCUUAUUUUAGAACAUCACUCUUGUACACAAAUCAAAAUUUUUUGCCUAAAACACUCAUACUCUUAAUAUGUAUAUUUAUACUGAAAAAUGCUGUAAUAAAGGGCUUAAAAUGUAUAUUUUCUUCAGGAUGCAAGUAUAGUUCAUUGCAUAAGUUUUCAUAUAAACGAAUGUUAAUAUAGUCAUUUUUGAUUACCCUUCCUUAAUAUAUAAUUUCUUCUACAAAAGACAUGUAAUAUCCCACAUUUUUGGUUUGCUGGAUAAUUUCAGGUUGUUAAAGACAUUCUCUGAGUAACACAUACAAUAUAGUAAUAUGUUGAAAUACUAAAAAUAAAAUAACCAAGAUUUAUAUUUUUGUAAAUUAUGCUUUAUAUCCUCUAGAUUGUUACAUGCUUUUAACAAAAGCUAAUAAAUUAAAGGUACAGUAGUAUCUAAAAAUAUUUGAUUGUCUUUCUAUAAAUGCACUCUCCUACAUUCUGUUAAUUAGAUGGAAACUUGUAAAUACAUGUUAAGCUUGUCAUAAUGCACUUCAAUAGAUUAAAGACAGAAGAAAAUACUAUGAUCAUCCAGACCGACCUCCUGCAUAGCACAGAUCAAAGAACCUUGCUCAGCAGUUUCUGCACCAUGCAUUAUGGAACUUCUGUUUUAAGCUUGGGAAUAUCUUUGAAAAACAUGCAUAAAUUUGGCUUUAAAGAUUUCAUGUGAUAGAAUAUCUCGACUGAACUACAAGUAGUUGUUCCAAAAGUUAGUGCUCUUUGUUCAUAUGCAGUGGCUUAAUCCUAGACUGAAUUUGAUGCGCUUUAGCUUCAAUUCAAUGGAUCUUACUGUAACCUAUUUCAUUAGAUCCCUUUUAUCUAUUAUCCAAAAUACUUUCACUGUGUAUUUUUAGUAUAGAGAGUAGGGUCAAGUUACAUUUUGGCUAAGAUUUAAAUAGCUUGAUUUCUUAUUCUAAGCCUUAAAACAAUUUCUCACAGCUCUCUUCUGAACUCUUUCCAGAACUUUCAUUAACUUUCUUUUCAAACAAUGAACAUCAAAAUAGGAAACAUUUGGCAGUGGUUCCAUUGGAAGACCUUAUAAAGUCUCUGCAUCCUUCUAACUCCUACACAAUCCCCUGUUGAUACAUUUAUGGUAGUCUUUUAACUGCAGCAGUCUUUUAAGAGCUGGUGUUCCCAUCAUGGUGUCUGUCAAUUCUCUUAGUGUCCCAAUGUUCUAGGACACACUUGCCACAUACUUCAUUUUCACCCACCUGCUGUACAAUAGCAUAAAGAGACCAAGAGUGGAAGAAAUUUCUGAAGUCUGUAAGGUAGCACAGAUUAUAAGAUAUGGAGUGCUUCCUCCUCACGAAACAGUCUAACCUUUGGCACUAACUUAUCCUAUUAAGAGUUGCUUUGUUUAAGGGAAGGAUACUACACGCACUUCCUUCUGAUGAACAAAUAACUAGAAGGCUCCAGUCCUACUAAAGUUCUAGGUAUCUUCUGCCACCAAUUUUCUAUGCUCAGGUGGGGUAGAUGCUCAGACAACAGAGGUGUGUAAAUGUGGUAGUUCCUGCUAACAUACGUAAAAGCAAGAUUCAGCAUGCUUAGGAGGGUUUGCAAGGUUACUCUCACAGCAGUUCUUGCUAAUUCCUCCUAGAAAGCUCUGAUUAAGAAGAAAAUAGUUCUAUGGCGCCCGGUAGUGACUGCCAGUUAUGCCUGACAAAAGAUUACUGAUCGAGUUUUCGUCUCCCAAAGUGCUUUUGUACUUUGUAAAUUACUACAAUAAUUUGCACUAGAACGAUUGGGAAAAACCUUUGUAUAAUGUUUUUAGGGAUGCCCCUUAAAAAAUUUACAAUCUUGUUUUUUUUAUACAUCACAAGAAACUCAACUACAAUUGACAGUGUAAUGCUAAUGUAUAAUGAAAAAUUUUAAAGUUGUCAGAAAGUCAUCAUUCCUACAGAACAGCCAUAAGCAUAAUAUUUUUCAAAGUAUCUUAAAUCCAUGUUAUUUAUGCUCUUUAUAAAAAAUCUACCUUUUUAUGUAGGUCUAGUCUUGGUCCCAUUUAUCACUAGCUCUGAAGAGCCUGACAUAUUAACUUAGUGUGCUUAUAUUCUCAUCUAUAGCAUUUUGUUUUCCUUGAGGAAUAUUUGCUAUAUCUUGAAUUAGUCCUCGGAUGAAAACAUUCUUUCCAAGAAGUGCUGAUGCAAGCUAUUACAGCAAGAGACACCACACUGUGAUCUAAGGUCUAUAGGACAUAAGGAAAAAUAUCACUGCUGCGCUCAUGAGGACACCUACAAACUCUAAGAGGUUAAGACUGAAUUUAAAGUUCUGUUGGCAAAACUACAUAUAUUAUACCUUAGCUGUACUGGUCAAUUCUCCAACACAAAAAAGGCUUUCAACCACUUUUAGUGGUUUAAAUUACUCCUUUCUGGAUCUUGGGAAUUUGGAUGUCUAAUAUUCCUCUGGAAAGAGAAACUUUGCAUUUGAAAUGGCACAAGUGCAGCUGUUGCCAGAGGACACUGCUACCCUCGCUGUCUUGGUUCCAACAGAUCUUUUUAUUUAUUUGAGCAUCCUAUAAAUCAUUCUGUUCAAUGCUUGAGUUUCUAGAGAAAGUAGUGAUAAACACAGGUCAAGAUAAUUCCACUAACUGAUCCUAAAAGAAAAUUGUAUGAGUUAAGACAGAUAAAACAUGAAAACAGCUGAUACUAGCCAGCAAAGUAUUAAAACCCUCUUUUUCUAAAAUAAAUCAAAUUUUAUUCUCACAGACCACUGUUUAAUUGCCAGAGGUAACAGCAAUAGUUACAAUGUACAUAGGUUUUUGUGGAGCAUUCAGUUCACUUGUGCAAGGCUGAAUAAUUAAAAUAAACCAUGGGCAAUAUUAAUGUGCUUGUGUAUCACAUUAAUUAAAAUCUGUCUCACUGCCAAACCUCAAAGAACAGCUUCCAAAAGGAAUUUCCACAGAAUUAAACUGUUCAUUGUAAAGUUUCUGCAAAGCUGACACUUGGCCUGACAGUAUUUGACACCUUUAUGUAUGAACCUAGAGUCUGUAUAUAGCAACCCACACAGCAUUUGCAGGAGGAGAGAGGUAUUUAUAUAGAUUGCUUGAUCUAGCUGCACUUUAUGUAAUCAAAAUUAAUUUUAAAAUAGGUACAGAACUUCAGGUACCUAGGCACAAGGAAUGGAGGCUGCUCCUACUGAGUACAAGACAGCACCCUUGAAAGUCAUAACUCUUAAAAUAAUUUGUGGCUGUCAUGGAUUUGUGAUGCAGUUUGAGCAUCUGGCAUGGUGCUAUGUAAUGGCAGCCAGUGAAAGCUUUGGAAAGAUACACACUGGAGCAGUGAACCACAUAAAAAAAGGAUAUUUUAUUUCUGUAUGUGGCACUGGUGGUGUAUGUAUAGCCCUAGGAUUCACCUUUUCAAGAAGACAUUCAAAUUCUGAAAGAGGCACAAAAAGAAAGAAAACAAAACAGGGAAAUAAAAUGUCUUUAGUUACUAAAAAGAACAAUCUGUUUAUCAGAAACAAAACUGAGAAGUAACUUGAUUACACUGUGCAAUCACUUUGAUAAGGAGAAAAUGUCAGUACUAGGGGGACUCCAUAAACUAGCCAGAAAGUUACAGGAAUUCCUGUCUAGAACGGAAAGUCAGGCACAAUGAAAUAAUGAAUGUGGCAUGAAGGGUUUUUUAGCUGUAGGUGAUAAUCUUUUAGCUACAAAAAAUUGAAGAAAUUUUUGAUUCUUUAACAUGUUCAGAUAAAGUCGGUUGGCACUUAAAAAGUUAUGUUUUGCCAAACACAAGCAAUUGGACUCUGCAUGUAGGUAGGAAACACAAAGGCCCUGAGUAAAUCUAAGUCUUGCUAUGCAGGACUCCAGGAUCAAUGCCAAAUAAUCCUUUCUGCCUUUAUGUCAUAGGAACAUAAUUAACCAGGAUCUUAGAUCCAAGUUAUCACUUGAAGAGACAAUAAGCAAGCAUUGCAGAAGUCUCGGAUCACUUUAAGAGCUGUGUUUCCACUGCUAAAAAACAAGAGGAAUGGCCAAAAAAGGCAAAAUCUUGACCACAUGCUUGCAAUGAGAUUUUUGUUAAUGUAAAAGCUCAUAAUACUCUUCAGAUUUUUUGGCAUGUGUGCAGUAUGAAUUGAGUUGUUCUUAGAA